ACUGGAGCUGGUUUAGACUCGGUUUGCAGUUACAUAACGACAGACAAACCUGUUCUAGUGACACAAAUUGUUCAAAGUCAGAUUGGCACCAACGAACCGUCCGACCCGUCGCUAAUUAUAGUGCCUUCCAUAGAGCAGUGGCUACCAAUGUAUUCCUUUACUUUACCCGACAUUGACAAUGGGACUGCUUACACAAACUUUGUCAUGAUUGCUGUUGAGAAAUCACAGAAAAACAACAUCUUGCUUGACGGGGCAACGCUUUCUUCUGGGUUAGAUUGGUGUGAUAUCCCUACCACCGAGUACACAGGGACGUCACUGCGGGUUCCCGCCGGAUACCACCAGAUGCGGAACAUCUAUUUGAACAAGCCUUUCGCACUUUUGUUGUAUGGCGUGGGUAAUUCUUCUGAGAGCUUUGGGUAUCCAGCAGGGAUGAGGCUAACUGAUCUUACGACAUGCACACCGUUCACCCAGACGGCAGAGGGGGAUAAUAAAGAUAACGACUGCGAUGGUUUGGUGGACGAAGAAAUUUGCGGCGACUCCAUAGAUAACGACGGGGAUGGGUUUAGUGACGAGGACUGCGCCCUGAAAUUAAAAGUGAAUGGGAACUGGGGAGCUUGGAGUGUUUGUGGCGCAUGCUCUGUCACGUGCGGUAAUGGUACAUGCACGCGCACGAGGCAGUGUGACAGCCCAGCCCCUGUGUUCAGCGGUGAUCCGUGCCCAGGUGCCAGUACGGACUCUCAAGUGUGUGUUGCCAACCCAUGCCCAGUGGACGGUGUGUGGUCGGCAUACAGUCCCUGGGGUCAGUGUACCAAGACGUGUGGCACUGGAACCCAGACGCGGACCAGAACGUGCACUCCUCCACAGCACGGCGGGGUGGAUUGUGUUGGAAACGCCACAGAGUCUAGGGAGUGCAACACACAGGCGUGCCCAGUAAACGGUGUACUAGGCCCUUGGAGUAACUGGAACCAGUGCUCCGUGACAUGUGGAAUUGGCACGAGAGCAAGAUCGCGCACCUGCACACCACCACAAGGCGGGGGAGCAAACUGUGUGGGGCAACUCCGAGAGGUAGAAGGCUGCACGGCGUCUUGUCUCAGUGCUCUAGGUCAGAAUUGUACAGAGACCAGUCAAUGCUCCAGAAGUGUUCCGAACAGCGAG